UAACGGAUCUCUGAAUUGCGAACAAGGUCGUGGAAAGGGAUCGAUUAAAGCUCAAUUUCUCCACAAAUCAGAUCUCUUCUCCUCCUUCUUCUACUUCGUCUUCUUCGUCGUCUUCGUUCCUUAUUUCGAUCACAAUCCGAACGAAUGCGAUUUCCUCGGACGCGCUGAAUUCAAAACUCUUCAGUGAUCCAUCCUGACGUUGUCGCGCGCCUCUCUGUGCAAUGGUGGUCUGUAAAUGCAGAAAGGCUACCAAGUUGUAUUGCUUUGUUCACAAGGUCCCUGUUUGCGGGGAAUGCAUCUGCUUCCCAGAGCACCAACUUUGUGUGCUUCGGACUUAUUCUGAAUGGGUAAUAGAUGGAGAGUAUGACGAGCCAAAGUGUUGUCACUGCCAAGCAACAUUUGCGGAUGGGGCGGGUCAUCAGGUCACUCGGUUGGGUUGUUUGCAUCUAAUACAUACAAGCUGCUUGAUUUCACUCAUCAAGAGCUUUCCACCCCACACAGCACCUGCAGGAUAUGUGUGCCCAUCAUGCAGCACUCCAAUAUGGCCUCCUAAGAUGGUUAAAGAUACAGGAUCUCGCCUUCAUGCAAUGCUGAAGGAAGUAAUUAUGCAGACUGGUCUUGAGAAGAGUUUGUUCGGAAAUCACCCAGUUUCUUUAUCGACCGAAUCUCGCAGUCCGCCAGCUGCGUUGGCUUCAGAUCCAUUAGUUAAUAUAUCUUCUAAAGGCGAAUAUAGUGCAUCCUCAUCUUCCCCUCUACGAGAAGGAAACAACUUUGCUGAUGGAUAUUUAGCUGGAAACGGAGAAUACUCCAAACCUACAGUCUCAGAGAUAGUUGAGAUAGAUGUUCCAGCCUCUGGGAGUUACAUGAAAAGUUCAAGCCCUGGAGCUGUGGCUGCUGCAAGGAAAGGUAUACCCGCUGCUGACAGGCAGAAUUCCGAGAUGUCAUAUUAUGCAGACGACGAAGAUGGGAAUCGUAAAAAGUACUCGAGAAGAGGUCCUCUUCGUCACAAGUUUCUCCGGGCUUUGUUACCGUUCUGGUCAAAUUCAUUACCAACUUUACCAGUGACUGCACCUUCCCGCAAGGACAAGGAUGCGUCAAAAGCCGACGAUGUUCCUGAAGGCCGGUCACGGAACCCAAGACCAUCUAGGAUGGAUCCGAGGAAAAUACUUCUCUUCAUAGCAAUCAUGGCAUGCAUGGCAACCAUGGGGAUAUUGUACUACAGACUCGCCCAACGGGCAAUCGGUCAAGAUUCGGUACAUGGCGAGGAGCAACGGUGAGGCAAAAUAUCCUUCUGGUUUUCGUGAUCGGACCGGAAUUCCUCCAUAAACACGUCUCAAUGUUUUGGUCGCCCGCUUUGUAUAAAGAUCUUAAAAUCGUAAUUCAGACCACAGAUCAUAUACCUAUAAAUCGUGCCAUUAAGUCACGUGACAUAUAUA